GUGCUUUAGUAUCGCGCCGCCACCGCACCGAACGGACUUGCCAUUACAACGUUCACGCCGCCGAUGCCGUGUCGCGCCCGCCGCUGUUAGGGUCCGUCCGUCACGUGCUACUGUCCGCCGUCUCUCUGCAACACCGUUGGCGUGUCCGCCGUUGAGACUCAGUUCGAAUUUGGUUCAAGAUUAAAGGGAUUUCAUAUAGCUAAACGCGCAAGCCCUUUUUCCAAUACCGAAAUCAAAAAUCGAACACUUAAAAUAUCAACCGAAAAACAAGAUGAAAUCCACGACGGUGCUGUACAGAUAUAAUGAUAUCAGCCGUAAAAACAGUUUUUACAGUCUCAACAUAAGACAUGCAGCAAUUACCGGGGCGAUUUACACACUGAAUAUUUCUGUUUUGGUGGUGCUAAUAUACAGUUGGAUGAUAAGCACAAAUCUGAAAAACGCAGCUCAACUUCAAGAUGUAUUUUAUGGUGUUCAAAUUGCAUAUUCAGCCGUAAUUGGAACUAAUUUGUUCAACUUUGCUGCAAGUGUCGUACUUCUUCUUGGGAUCGUUAAAGAACGAGUGACUCUGAUUGUACCUUGGAUCGUUGGUCUUAUCACUUUCAUGGCACUCGAAGCGGUGGCCGUUGUUUACUCAAACGUACUCAGAGACCAUGUAAACAAAAGAUUUGACUCGUUUUGUAAAAUUGAAGUAACAUUUUAUCUGAUACGAGCGGUGUUAAAUGUACUGAGUCUGUUGAGCGUGAUCAAAUUCUACAAUAUGAUAAGACUAGGAGUAACUUGGAAAGGCCCGGAAUCCAUCGAGCUAUGAUGUACAAUAUCAGGACCAGGACGUUAUCCAGGUUCUAUAUCAUCGGCUGAAAGCACCGACACAACUUUAUCCUCUAAUUCUGAUGACUUUUUAUGAUUAAAUUAAACUUCUACUAUUAUUAUUACUAAUAUACAUGUGUUAUUCUAUAACUUAUAUAAUUGUUGAUGUAAAUAAAUGUUUUGUGUUUUGAUUAGAAAUUGGAAUACUAAUAAAACACGAUGUAAUAAUACA